AUGGGAAACAGCCAGGGGAAACCCAUCGACCUCGAUGGCGAAGUAAACCUGAAUCAUUUCCGGCUGCUUAGGGUAGUCGGUCGUGGUGCCUUUGGCAAAGUACGGAUUGUCGAACGGAAAGACACGGGGUUGUCGUUUGCUCUAAAAUACAUUCGCAAAGAUGACGUCGUACGUUCCGAAAGUGUGCGCAAUAUCAUUCGUGAGCGACGCAUGCUCGAGCAUGUAAACCAUCCCUUCAUUUGCAACUUGCGAUAUAGUUUUCAGGAUAUAGAGUACAUGUAUCUGGUGGUCGACUUAAUGAGCGGUGGAGAUCUACGGUUCCACAUAUCACGCAAGACAUUCACAGAGGAAGCCGUAAGGUUCUGGAUCGCAGAAUUAGGAUGUGCCCUACGAUAUGUCCAUGGCCAAGGCAUUAUCCACCGAGAUGUGAAGCCCGACAAUGUUCUCCUAGACGCCGAUGGCCAUGUACAUCUGACAGACUUUAACGUUGCCUCCGACGUUGUUCCAGGACGGACCUUGACUAGCAAGUCCGGCACCCUCGCAUACCUCGCGCCGGAAGUCUAUGCCGGGAAGGGCUAUGAUAUUCGGGCAGACUGGUGGUCCUUGGGAGUUUUGUUCUACGAAUGCAUAUAUAACAAGCGUCCGUUCGAUGGCAAUUCUGAAUCGACUCUCAGUGCACAAAUCCUCGCCGGAAAGCCGAAAUUCCCAGUUACACAACCGCCAGUCUCCGUUCCCUGUCUGUUUGCUAUGACCGCCGCCCUGGAACACGAUCGAGAUAAGCGGCUUGGCGCGACAUGGGAAAGCUUCACCGAACAUGAAUUCUUCAGGCUCAUAGACUUCGAGGAUCUAGAAAAUAAGAAGGUGGAGCCAGUAUUUGUUCCGUCAUCCGAGAAAACCAACUUCGACGCUACAUACGACCUGGAGGAGUUACUGUUGGAAGAGGCGCCUCUGGAAGCGAGAGCCCGCCGCCAGAAGCCCCGUGAGCGUCUAAAGGAGGAUGCGACUGACAAGGAGAUUCGCGAGGACGAGCUUUAUCGCAUGAUCGAGACAGACUUCAAAAACUUUGAUUACACAGUAGCGGCGUAUAAGAAGAUGACGUCGCAAUCUCCAGACGAACAGACGAAUGAGGAUGCAGCCGUUCUUGUUAACCAAGGCGAACCUAUGGCACUUACCACAGACAAGGCCACUUCCGUGACGGUAGUGAAGCCGAACGGAGAUCAUCACCAGAGGAUGUCCCCACCUCCCGGCCUGCCUCUCCGCCCACCGCCGCUCGCAGGGCCCAUGAAAGAUCUCCAGCCCUCGUCGGCCCAUAUCAAGCGUGUAACCAGCCCAACCGGCGGUGUCCAGGUUACUCUAGACGGCAAGGGCAGCUGGUCUGAUCUUGCGAGGCAAGAUGCGACAUUACCCACGGAUGCCAACUGCGUCGAUAACAUGAAGCAAGAAACUAACGGAGGAGUGUUCGGUUUCCUCAGCAGGAAGAAGGGAAGAUCCAACAGCCCGAAGCCGAAGGAACGAGGCGUAUUGGGCAAAGAGGGUGCGCGUGUCGUAAUCGGUUAG